UGAAUGGCAAAUCCGAAGCAUAAACAAAGGGUACUCUUUGGAACCAAUAAUCUACAACUUAAUUUAGCAUGACGACGGCCCAAUCCUAAUCAAAUCCGGAGAUAAUGCUGCUGAAGAUACGCCACGCCCUGCUGGAAGUCACCAGUCCGCCGGCCACGAAACAGUCGGCGAUCAUUAUAAACAACGAAGUGAUCAUCAGUUCAGGGAGCAUUCUGCAACCGCACUUGGUUUUCGAUGGGGACAAAGGCUCGGAGAACAAAGAAAUCAUUGCCAGGCUGCAGCGGGGACAGCUGCUGAAUGUCCAGAAUGAAGAGGACGAGGAGGCGCAGCGUAUUCGGUUGCUCAACUUCCUGGUCACCUUUGAUCCGCAGCAAAGGCGACCCAGGCAGAACCAAAACGCUGCUUCCGGUUCGAGGCAGCCCCACAUCCUCUCCCGCUUCACGGCCCAUCCGCUGUACGUGUUCUGUGCCGCCGAGGUGUCUCGGAACCUACACCACAUCCUGCUGACCGCGGACUCUGAGGAUGAUGGAGAGGUGCUUCGGUCCAGCUUCGUGGUGCUGGGUCUGCGAACGCCUGAUAAGGAGGAGUCCUUCAAGCGCUUCCUGGCGCACAUUGGGAAUUACUUGCGCCACCUGCAGCCCAUGCAGACGCUGGACGACGUGCUGGUCAUGUGCUCGCCCUUCGGCCUGGAGAACUUUUACAAGACCAUCAGCAUCGGCAAGGUGUCCAACGUAAUGGGACGCAGUGGCUGCCUGUUCGCCAUAUCCAACGCUUUGCCACUGGGCUGUGAGGGUUCCGCCGUGUUCAACAACAAACUUCGCCUCAUUGGCAUUGUGAUAUGUACCUCGUUCCAACGGCAGCAAGAAAACGUCAACCUCACCCUGGCCGCGAACUUUGGCUACCUGUUGCGGAAUUUCAUGGAGCAACUGGGCAUGUCAACAUCCACAUUCCAGCUCACCCGGGAGCCCUCGAACUUUGCUUGGGAGCGCACCAUAGUGGUUAUUGAGUCAGCGGGUCAACAAGGCACUGGCACUUUUAUAAGGGUCCACAACAAGCACUUCAUACUCACCUGUGCGCAUGUGGUGGGGCAGAGUAACGAGAAGGUCAAUUGCCGCGCUGCCGAUCGCGAGUUCCAGUCGGAGGUGAUAUGGUGCAAUCCGGACAGCGAUCGACCCUUCGACUUGGCGCUGCUUACAGCUCCUCAGGAUGUUCCGGAGCGCUGCUGCGUGCGCCUGGCCAGGAGUCCGGCCACUCUUGGCCAGAUGGUUUUCAACGCCGGGUUUCCCUACUACGUGAACUUCAGCUACAAGCACGACUUCAACCCGUCGAUUUUCCAAGGGAGGAUCAUCAAAUGCGACACUGGAGCCAUCAUGUCGGAUGGCAGCGUGCAGGCGGGUCAAAGUGGAGGGCCCAUGUUCGAUCAGAACGGCUGCAUCCUGGGCGUGUGUGUUUCCAACAUUAAGUUGGACGACAUUGUGUACCCAAACAUCAACACAGCCAUUCCAAUUUGUGAUAUACGCAACACGUUGCAACAGUUUGCCCGCACCAACGAUGUAGCGGUGCUCAGUAAUCUAGUGGCCAGCCAAGACGUACGCCGCGUCUGGUCGCUGGAAAUGCCGCCCAUUCGAAGCAAACUCUGAGGGGAUUGGCGAAACUUUGCACUGUUAACGUAACUUUAAUUUAAUGAUUUUUUUUUCAUAUAAUGUGCAAUAAAUUGGCCGGGUGGCCUCUUUUUUAGCUUAAAUAAUAAAAUGUAUUCUACAAAAAUAGAUUAAUAUUGUAAUUAGUAA